GUUUAAGGUUUCACCUAACCCUAAACCUCACUCACUCUCGUCCUGUCUCUCACGCACGCCGACGUCGUCUCUGCAAGUCAUCUUCCUCCCUUCCUCUCUCAAACUCUCAAUUCUCAGGUUAAAAAUUGAAACUUUUUAGGUUAGACAACACGCGUGAGUUGUGACUCUCUCUCUUCCCAGGUUAAAACACUGUCUUCCAGUUUCGGACAAAUCUCUCUUUCCUCUUUCCUCUUUCCUCUCCCCUCACCGACGGCCGGCCACCGGAGACCACGAACGCCGCACCGCUGACGACGAGCCACCCACAUCUCCGGGGAAGAGCUACCCACCGUCAAAAUCCCCAAAUUUCAAAACCCCAACCCACUGUCAAAAUCCAUCUUCCCUCUCCCCCACUGACGACGAAACGCACAGAAAAAAACUGAAAGUGAAAUCACACCGACAAAAGCGGUUUUGGGAAUAUCCUUACAGUUCCCAAUUUGCUUUCACCAAAAAUUUAUUUUAUGUCUCUGCUGGAAUAAGCGGUUUUGGGAGAGUUCUAUUGCCCCGAGUUACGCACGGCACGACGUCGCAUAAACUCACGCCCAAAACCCUAAGCCACCUCUCUCUGCAAAACCCUAAUCUUUGCACGUCUAUUGUGGUUGGGUUUGGCAAAGAUGUUGCGAAGAAACAUACGGUUGAGGAGAGAGUAUUUGUACAGGAAGAGCUUGGAAGGCAAAGAACGCUUGCUCUAUGAGAAAAAGCGAAAGAUCAAAGAAGCUCUACAAGAGGGAAAGCCGAUUCCCACGGAGCUACGGAACGAGGAGGCAGAGCUUCGGCACCAAAUCGAGCUUGAGGAUGAAAACACAGCUGUCCCGAAGACGCACAUUGAUGAUGAAUACGCAAAUGCAUCAGAAAGGGAUCCAAAAAUUUUGAUAACUACGUCUCGUAAUCCAAGUGGUCCACUUACACAGUUUGUGAAGGAAUUGAAGGUUGUCUUUCCUAAUGCACAGCGAAUGAAUCGUGGUGGCCAGGUUAUUAAAGAGAUUAUUGAAACAUGCCGUGCAAAUGAUUUUACAGAUGUCAUCUUAGUUCAUGAACAUCGUGGUGUGCCAGAUGGUAUGACUAUAAGCCAUCUACCUUUUGGUCCAACUGCAUAUUUUGGAUUACUCAAUGUGGUUACCAGACACGACCUUAAAGACAGGAAAGGCAUUGGAAAAAUGUCUGAGGCUUACCCACACUUGAUACUUAACAAGUUUUCAACAAAGCUGGGGGAGAGGACAGCAAACAUUUUGCGGCAUCUUUUUCCUGUGCCAAAGCCAGAUACUAAACGCAUUAUUACUUUUGCCAAUGAGUCUGACUAUAUUUCAUUCAGGCAUCAUGUGUAUGAGAAACAUGGAGGUCCUAAAUCAAUUGAGCUUAAAGAAGUUGGUCCUCGCUUUGAAAUGCGACCUUAUCAGAUAAAAUUAGGAACACUGGAUCAGGAUGAAGCUCAGACUGAAUGGGUCAUAAGACCAUUCAUGAACACUGCCAAGAAAAGGAAGUUUCUUGGAGAUUGAUGCCACCUCAAAAAGAAUUUUGGAAGAUAAGAUGCGGAUCAUUUGUUAAUCUUAUUAAAAAUGUGAGAAUUAUGUAUUCUAAGAACAGAUGUCUUAGUAGCAACCCUCAUAUUCUCAUUAAAUCAUAUACUCUUUUUACUA